AUGGCCCAAAGAAUUGUCUUAAUCACUGGCGCAAACUCCGGCGUUGGCUAUGCCACAUCGAACGUCUUCGCCGGCGCAUCGAGCAAGUUCCACAUCAUCAUGGCCUGCCGUUCACUCGACAACGCCAACGCAGCCAAGUCCGAGAUCGAGCAGCAGUCCACCACCAAAAACACACUCUCGACCAUCCGACUUGACGUGACAGACCACCAAUCUAUCCGCGACGCUGCAUCGAUCGUGCAGGAACAAUUCGGACGACUCGACGUGCUAAUCAACAAUGCCGGAGUGAGCGGACUCAGCGAGCUCGAGGACACCGCGCGACGAAUGCGCCUCUGCUACGAAACGAACGUCGUCGGACCAGCCAUCGUCUCAGAGACCUUCCGCCCUCUCCUCCUGAAAUCCCCCAACCCCUACUCCAUCUACGUCACAAGCGGCGUCGGGUCCCUGACACUGGCGGCGGACCCGAACUCCAAGACCUACCGCGGCCCCGCGAAGGGGGAAGCUUACCGAUCGAGCAAGUCAGCGCUGAACAUGGUCGCCCUGCAAGAGUGGGUCGAGGUGCAGGACCAAGGCCACGCGCUGAAGAUCUUCAUGAUGUGUCCUGGGUUUGUGCGUUCCAAUCUGCGAGGCCGUAGCGAGGAAGCGCGCAGUGGAUGGGGCAUGGCGGGGGAUGCAGAGGUGCCGGGGAGAACGGCGCUGAGUAUUGCAGAGGGAGAACGGGAUGCCGACGUGGGCAGGUUUGUUCAUAAGGAUGGUGUCUUUCCUUGGUAG